GUCACGGUCCCUUUAACCCCUCUCGCCUACUGUACACCAACACUGGUCGAUUGAGCUCUGCCGUAUACGUUGUCUACUGCUGCUGUUGUAACAAGAGGUGCUGCUUUUUUUCUCCAAGAUACAGCGUGAGCGAGCGUGAAUCAUGUCACCGUCUCCGUUUCAACUCCGAUGCGCGCUCCUCGUCCUGGCUGCUGUGACAAGGGCGGCGGUUGCCUCGUACGAUGACAUAGCGGGAUACACGCCCGUCUCUGACGUCGUGGAACACUCCGAGCUCGAUCUCGACAUGCAGGAGCUCGAGGAGGGCGCGGACCUCCAGACCGAUGCCGGCUUCGCCGCUGCAUACACGGCGUACUCCGUCGGCGGAAACAGCGAGAAGACCGACUCUAUCCGCACUAUUCAGGGCUUCUCCACGGGCGCCCAGGAGAAGCUCUCGGGUGAGAAGUGGUUCGACGUAUACGAAGCCUACUGGGGUUCCACCGACUACGCCGACCAGUUCACAUCGGGCGCCUGCAACGGCACCGAGCAGUUCGAUGACGCCUCGGUCGAGACGAGGGCAGAAGGAUGCGUCAAGGGGGCACAGUACCAAAACGUGUGGAUGUACGUUAUCCACGAGCUCGAGGAUGCGAUCGAAGACUGCGAUAUCGGAAACCUCAACGCCAACGACGGGGGGCCCCACGCCUGGGACGAAGGAUGGGGGUUCUACGCGGGCUCUCUGGAAGGCACCGAGGGGACCGGCGACGGCGUGAUGCUGUACGCUCUGGCUGAGAAGAGGUGCGAAAACUUCGCGACGUGCACCGCCGACGACGACGGCAGCGACAUCACCGGCACCGCUCAGGUCAACUCCGACAUGCUCGAGCUGUACAAGGAGGGUCAGGUCUACCUGCUCGACGGGGACUGCGGCGCGGCGGGGGACGUCAAGGACAAGAUCAUCGACCUCAUGGGCGUGCCCCUCGUUCAAGGCAUGCUCAGGUACUUCUACAACGCCGACCCCGAAGCAGGCGACGGUGGCGACAAGGCGGCGGCCGAGCUGUGGGCUUUCUCGGCGGCCAUGCUUCCCCGCAUCAACGAGUGCGACGAGGAGGUCGCUACGCUCGUGAGAGCCAACACCGACAUCGCGAGCGCCGACGCGCCCAUGUCGGAGGGGUACGUGUUCCUCAAGGAGCAGCUGGAGAGCGUGUACUCGUGCAUGGGGAUCUCGUGCAGCCAGGUCGGCGGGCUCGUGAUCGGUGAGUCGACGACCUACUACGACGGGUUCGAGCCGUGCGGCGACUCUGACAGCGGGCUCAGCCAAAUCGCACUAGGGUUCAUCAUCGCCGCGGGCGCCGUUGUCCUCGCUGUCGGGCUUGGCUGCUUCUACCGCAGCCGCAAGAACAAGGAGAAGAUGAAGGCGGCCAUGGAGUCCGACCUCGGGGGUUUCGGCGCUAGCAAGUCGGUCGGCACCUUGUAA